UGGAACACUGUUUUGGUUUUGAGAUUGGAGGUCGGAGUUAGGAGAUUUUUAACUUUUUUGAAGAAUUUCGUGAUGUAAGUGAUAGAGAUGAAGGUAAUAAGGGCAAAAUAGCUUCAUUUGCUACUUCCGUGGUCGUUGCCGUUGGAAAAGUAGACCAAGAAAGUGUAAGAAACUUGGAGAAUCGCAGCGCGAACGAUCCCCAAAAAGACCGGGCCGAAAAAACCACGGUAAAGGAUUUUAAAUUCUUUUACAACACCACCGAAACCAACUCACAAUCAACCCCAGAGUGUACAGAAAUCUUUGGCCACGGUCCGGGAGUCACGGAAAAAAAACCAUCGGAAACCGACAAGUUUUAAGGUCGGGCAAAUCGGAAUCGGAUUUUCCGCGAUUUCUCGACCGGGGAAAGUAGGAAAAGUAAAAUGGGAGCGGCGGUGGAUCCAGAAAAUCGGCUUGCUGUGUUGGAGCUAUCAGAGGAAGAACGGAAAUUUAGAUUUCGAGCUGGGGCAUUUCUAGCAUCGGUCGGAGCAACAGCAGCCGUAGCUGGUUUCAGUAAAGCGAUCAUGACCGCGAAAAAAUCCGAUCCGAAGUACUUCGACAAAGGUUUGCACGCCAGCCUGUCCCUCCAUGAAGCAGGAACCAGUUUGGCGCUGCGGGCGCUUGGCUGGGGAACACUGUACGCGAUACUGGGAACCGGAACGAUCUGCUUCGGUAUUUGGAAACUGAGUGGAGCCAAAGAUAUGAAGGAGUUCCGUGAGUCGAUGGGAAGAGCGUUUCCGAGAGUUCCGCGCAACGAUCCUCCGAGAAGCCGGACAGAGUUCGACGGUCUAACUGAUCUCAUGCAGUACCUUUCGACGUGGGGAAGUACAAAAGAUGAAAACUAAGAUGCCAGAACUCAUGUGUAGUCAAAGCUAAGAAGCUGCAAGCUUCUGUUGUAAAUACAAAUCGAACCAAGUUUAAC